AUGACAGCAGCAGUGAAAAGGAUCAAGCUGGGGUCACAGGGCCUUGAAGUAUCAGCACAGGGACUUGGAUGCAUGGGCAUGUCUGCCUUCUACGGCCCUCCGAAGCCUGAAUCCGACAUGAUCGCCCUCAUCCACCAUGCGGUCAACACCGGCGUCACUUUACUAGACACCUCCGAUGUCUAUGGACCCCACACCAAUGAAGUCCUUCUUGGCAAGGCUUUGAAGGCUGGACCAGGAUUCAGAGAUAGAGUUGAAUUGGCCACCAAAUUUGGUAUUAGCUUUCAAGACGGGAAUGGUGAGAUUCGAGGGGAUCCUGCUUAUGUGAGAGCUGCUUGUGAGGCCAGCUUGAAACGCCUUCAACUAGACUGCAUUGAUCUUUAUUACCAACAUCGCAUUGAUACCAAGGUUCCAAUUGAAGUCACGAUGGGGGAACUCAAGAAACUAGUGGAAGAAGGUAAAAUAAAGUAUAUAGGGCUGUCUGAGGCCUCUGCUUCAACAAUCAGAAGAGCUCAUGCUGUUCAUCCUGUAACAGCUGUGCAAUUGGAGUGGUCAUUGUGGUCAAGAGAUGUGGAGGAAGAGAUUGUUCCUACCUGCAGAGAGCUUGGCAUUGGGAUUGUUGCGUACAGUCCUCUAGGACGAGGAUUCCUUUCAUUGGGGCCUAAGUUGGUUGAGAGCUUCGCAGAGAGUGACUUCCGAAAGUAUCUGCCUAGGUUCCAACCUGAAAAUCUGGACCAUAACAGACAACUAUUUGAGCGGGUUAAUGAAAUUGCAGUAAGGAAACAAUGCACUCCAUCACAGCUAGCAUUGGCCUGGGUACACCACCAGGGUGACGAUGUAUGUCCAAUUCCCGGAACCACCAAGAUUGAAAACUUUAACCAGAACAUCGGGGCAUUGUCUGUCAAACUAACACCAGAAGAAAAGGCUGAGCUCGAAUCUAUCGCUUCUGCAGAUGCUGUAAAGGGUGACAGAUAUGCUCGGGGUUCCUUGGUUACUUACAAGAAUUCAGAUACUCCACCUCUUUCGUCAUGGAAAGCUACAUGA